AAGAGUGAUGCGGGUGACUUAGAGCCGGGAGGCGCUGGUUGCGGAGCGACCUGCCAGGUCGCAGCCAAUGGUUGGCCAGCCUGGCUGCGUCAUUUGGCAAGGGGAUCGUCACGGGUUAUCGCUCCAGUUGAUUCUUCCUGGAGGUCUCCUUGUUCCUUGAGGCCUUAUCGUGAUGGUCGGAUCACGCGAAUCCGAGCGCGGGUGAUGAUGUAA